AUGGUGCUGCUGGAGACCGAGCACUUCUUGACGGAGCUGACCAGACUCUCCCAGAAGUGCCCGUUAUCCGGCAGCGUGUUCAUCACCCUGAAGAAGUAUGAUGGUCGAACUAAACCCAUUCCAAGGAAAGGUUCUGUAGAGGGCUUUGAGCCCUUAGACAACAAUUGUCUGUUCAGAGCUACUGAUGGGAAAAAGAUCAGCACCGUGGUGAGCUCCAAAGAAGUGAACGAGCUUCAGAUGGCUUACUCAAACCUACUGAGAGCUAACGUGGAUGGGCUGAAGAAGAGGGACAAAAAAAGCAAGAGUAGGAAGAGCAAAGCAGUGCAGAGAAGGGCACCAGAUACCCUGCUUUCACCAACUAACCACUGA